AUAAAGGACGCGACGCCAGCCAUUCUCAUAGGCAUUUCAUUCUUCAUAAUUCCGUCAAAUUUGAAACAAUUUUAUUCCGAAACCGAAAACAAGAAAAUGGAGACACUAUUGGACUGGAAAACAGUGCAAACAAAGAUGCCGUGGGGUGUCAUCCUAUUACUGGGCGGUGGGUUCGCUAUGGCUGAAGGCAUUGAAAAAUCAGGUCUUUCCGACUGGUUUAGCGAAGAAUUGUCUACUUUUGAAAGUAUUUCACCCCGGGUUGCGAUGAUUGCGUUAACGGUUGUCGCGGCCCUCGUAACAGAGGUGGCCAGUAAUGUUGCCUGCGCUACAGUUAUACUACCCGUUGUCAAUACUAUGGCCAUCAAAAUGGGAGUGCAUCCACUGUUGCUGAUGAUGCCGGUGACCAUCGGGGUGUCGUUCGCAUUCAUGUUUCCGGUGGCGACUCCGCCGAACGCUAUUGUAUUCGAGAGUUUAGGACUGAAGACAAUUGAAAUGGUAUUGAAAUAA